GCGGAGUGGUUCCGGGGCCGGCGCUGGUUGCCCAGGGGAUGAGCUCGGAGAGGGGGAACGUGUCGCGCACGAGGCCACAGCGCUAUCAGAACGCGCGCGCCUUUAGGAACGACAAGUAUGACACCAGUUCCCGGUGCAAGAAAAUAAAUGCUAAGCUUCAUGAUGGAGUGUGUCAGCAUUGCAAAGGUAUCUUGGAGUGGCGGGUAAAAUUCAGCAAGUACAAACUACUAUCAAAGCCUAAAAAAUGUGUGAAGUGCCUCCAGAAGACUGUAAAAGAUCCUUAUCAUAUUGUUUGUCGACCAUGUGCUGGUAAACUGGAAGUUUGUGCUAAAUGUGGGAAAGAAGAAGAAAUAGUAAUUCCGAUUGAUAAAGGACAAGACAGAACUGAGAGUGUGACCACUGAAAAUGGCCAAGAGAGCCAUGGAUUGCAGGAUGAGCUGGAUUUCGAUACAAACUUCAGUAGUACAGGCAGUGAUGAAGGUUCUGAUGUACUUGAAGAACGGUUUAAAAGUAUGAAUUUUGAAAGGACAGAGAUCUAAAAGGUUUUCAUAUGAGAGACCAUAUGCAACCAAAAGUGGUAAAACAAUGUUUGCUUUAAACUACUCUGAAGACCUGAAUUGACAGCUAAGGUCCUUGCAUAUAAAUGUUGACACUGUGUAUUAUGACACUUGUUGGGGGUUUUGUACAAAUAAAUAUUUUUUUUUUGUAUUAAGAGCAGAAUUUCUUGUGAAGGGAUUCAGAAAUUGAAUCUUUAAGGAUAGUUAUUUUGUGUAUGCAUGUAACAACUUCCUUUUUCUCUGGAAUAAAGCCUCUUUGUGUAAUUGUUCUAAAAUCAGUAUUACAUGACUGUUGUGUUGCCACUUGGAAAGCUACAUGGAAGUCUAGAGUAAAUACAGAGCCUUGUCAUAAAAAGGAAGAGCUAAACCAGCUGUAAUUGUUUGCUGAAGGAGUAACUUGCGACUUCUGUCAAUAAGUUUCCAAACAGGGUCAAAAUACCAAAUGGUCAUUACCCUUAUGCAUGUCAUUUCUUUUCUGUGCAAAAAAGGGCUUAAAUGCCAUCACUAGUACAGUUCAUGAGCAGUGAAUGCUUAUUUACCAUAUAUAGACAUGCAUUACAAAUUUGUGACCUUGUUACUACCAAUCUUUUGAAAAGAAAAAAAGACUUUUAAAGACUUUCUCAUAACAGGUCUCACACUUUCUUUUCCUUUGACUGCACACCCAAUAUAGUUUGCUCUGAUAUGAAAACACUUCUGUAGUGUAAUGAUGCUUACAUAGUUACUCUCUUCCUGAUUUUCAUUUCUUUCUAGAAGUUACUUCAAGGUGGAUUAAGCUCUAGGAAGAACUUAACUGAAUUUGCAGUAAGUGUCUUUAUGGGAUUCAGAAUGGCUUGAUUUCUUCUGUAUUGUCUGCUACCUCUAUAAAUAAAGCUGAAGAAGUACUUCCUAGUACUUAAAUGGUUUAA